UCGCCCGCAUCUAUGGCAGGCAUCUUCAGAGGUUGUGAGGAGCAAAACAGUUUUGAAGCCAAGCGCGAGGACUUCCGCCGGCUUGCCUUCUGCUCAGGAAGGGGGCGGAGCUUCGGGAACGAAGAUGGCGGCGGCUUUGAGGAGCGUGAAGGGCAUGGUGGGCCUGGUGACUGGUGGCGCUUCAGGCCUGGGCCGAGCCACGGCAGAGCGGCUGGUGCAACAGGGAGCGAGCGCUGUGGUUCUGGAUCUGCCAAAGUCUGAGGGGGAAAUGGUGGCCAAAUCGCUGGGAGAGAAAUGCAUCUUUGCUCCUGCAGAUGUAACAUCCGAGUCAGAUGUGAAGGCUGCCCUUGCUCUGGCACGGGAGAAAUUUGGGCGUGUGGACAUAGCAGUGAACUGUGCCGGGAUUGCAGUAGCUGUCAAGACCUACAAUAUAAAAAAGGAUCUUCCUCACAACCUAGAAGACUUCCAGAGAGUUAUCAACGUGAACAUUGCUGGAACAUUCAAUGUUAUUCGGCUGACUGCAGGGGAAAUGGGAAAGAAUGAACCAGAUUCAGACGGACACAGAGGGGUUAUCAUCAACACUGCCAGUGUGGCUGCUUUUGAGGGACAGGUUGGCCAGGCUGCCUACUCAGCUUCCAAAGGAGGAAUUGUGGGAAUGACACUGCCCAUUGCCCGAGAUCUCGCUCCUAUUGGGAUACGUGUUGUUACUAUUGCACCAGGUUUGUUUGCAACACCCCUGCUGGCAUCGCUUCCUGAGAAAGUGCGGACAUUCUUGGCACGCCAAGUGCCCUUCCCAAGUCGUCUUGGUGCUCCAGAGGAGUAUGCCCACCUGGUGCAAUGCAUCAUAGAGAAUCCUAUGAUCAAUGGUGAGGUGAUCCGGCUGGACGGGGCCAUCCGAAUGCAGCCCUGAUGUUUGAGCCUGGCUUGUGUGAGCAAGAAAGCCUGUCAUCCUUGUUAACUGGGUGUGGUUAAUUCCACUGGACCACAAUCAUAGUACUUUGAACUUCUUGAUCCUCGGCAUUGCCCAAGUUGUGCUUCCCUGUCUGGGAUCUGGGCCAACAAAGCUAAUGAUUAACAUUGGAUCUUAAUAAACAACAUAUGAUUCUUC